GUACCAGUCGCGUCGCAGUGUUUACGUAACCGUUAUUAUUCUUACUUGUCAGUGUUAAUUUUGCGUAUGAUUUGAGUUAGCCGGUCACCUGGUUCCUCAACCCGCUCUGGAUCAACCUUUUCAAGCUUUUCUGUUUGAGCCCAACGACCACAUAAAACCCCCAAAAAGUUUUUUAAAUCUACCAUCAUCACGACACGUCUCACGUCGAUUGUCGCCCUCGUCGUCGAGGACCUCCCCUUUCCCGUCCCAACCCCUACGACUCAAAACCAUUUCACCUGCUGCAUGGGCCAUCCGGUUAAUCACAAGUCUCCUCGCAGUCCUCCCAGGAGUGCUGCACUCCAGACUCACACUCCUUCGCGCCUACCUGGCUCACAGCUCUCUUUUACCCUAUCGAUUACUCGAAAAUAGACGCGAGGGAGUAUUACCUUUCUCUCAUUCUCACCCGCGUUCGUCCCUAGCGUGACAGGUGCUACCCCUGACUUCUCAGGGACAUAGGAUUCGUCAACGAGGAACAAGAACACUGUAUCAUCUAGUGGCAAAAGAGACGAACGCUGGAGAGAAGGGGAACCACCUGGCAAACGAAAACCAGUAAAUAAGAGGACAUCCAGGUUCUAUUUUUAAAGAUAAACGAAAGAAAAACUGAGAAAAUUACGAAAACUAAGUAAACAAGAAAACACGCAAGGGACGUACGAGAUAAGGAAGACGUGGAGCAGAAGGAAACAAGACGGAAGGCUUAUUUAUCCCGAGGGGGAAGAGGUUCUCAGAGUUCCACGUCCUGGAGGCGCCUGUCGUCUUCGCCGGUACAACCAUAACGCCGCCCGCUCUAAAACGCCCGAGACGGGACACGGUGGACUCAUCGCCGCCACCCGCUCGUAACCUCGCCCCCGGAAACCCCGGAACCUCGAGCGAACUCGCCUGUAUGAUGGACGCACCGCUGUCGCAGAGUAUGGACUCCGUAAACACGGUAGCCACCGGCGAAGACGAGGUGCGCACCUUGUUCGUGAGCGGCUUGCCGAUGGAUGCCAAGCCGAGGGAGCUCUAUCUUCUCUUCAGAGCAUAUGAGGGUUACGAGGGUUCACUUUUAAAAGUAACAAAUAAAAAUGGCAAGACGGCGUCGCCGGUGGGCUUCGUGACUUUUCACACGAGGGCAGGUGCGGAGGCUGCGAAACAAGACCUGCAGCAGGGGGUUAGAUUCGAUCCUGAUAUGCCACAAACCAUACGUUUGGAAUUUGCAAAAAGUAACACAAAGGUUAGCAAACCCAAGCAACCAGCCGCUGCAGCAGCCACCUCGCACCCCGCUCUGAUGCACCCUCUAACUGGACCCCUAGGAAGCCCAUUCUUCCCGAGUGGUCCAGAGCUCUGGCAUCAUCCCUUGGCAUAUUCGACGGCCGGUGAAUUACAAGGGACCCUUCAACAUGCAACACUGGUUCAUCCCGCAUUACAUCCUCAGGUCCCCGCUCCUAUGUCGCUACCGCAUCCAACUACGUUGACGUCGAUACACGCCUCGUUACCGCACUUUUUACCGUCUCCAGCAUUGGCGUCGCCUGUAGGUUCUUCUUCGUCUCAACCAAGCAUCGCCGUCAGCAAUGCUCCCUGCUCCACCCUCUUCGUAGCGAACCUCGGUCAAUUCGUCUCCGAGCACGAGCUUAAGGAGAUCUUCAACAGUUUUCCUGGUUUCUGUCGGCUUCGUAUGCACACGAAGGGAGGCUCGCCAGUGGCCUUUGUCGAAUAUCAAGACGUUCGCUACGCGGCCCAAGCAAUGGCCACGCUACAAGGAUCCCUUCUGGUCUCCUCCGACCGGGGAGCAAUACGAAUCGAAUAUGCAAAGUCAAAAAUGGCCGAGGUGGGCUUUACAAAUCUCUGGAUCGAAGGAUCAAAGGGAGAAGAAAACGGGCAACCUUAAGAUCGACAUCAACGGAAUGUAAAUUUCUGAAUUCCAAAGCGAGUCUGCUUUUUGUGAUGUUGAGACCAGAAGAGACCAAUCCAAGCAGAGGAGGACGAACAACAAACCCUAAGACGAGGAUCACGAAGAAAAAAAUUAUCAGGAAAUAGAAAGAAAGGCAAGACGAAUUCGAAAUUCGAAAAAGAAAAAAUGAAAAUCCACACAAAGGGGUUUCGUCCUGGAAACAAAGGGGCUCGGUCACUAGGAAAAUUGUGUGCAUUCGGAGCGACGGCGUAGUUCACGAUUUCUGGGGUCUGGCUGAGAAUCCUAGGUACCUAUAAGUUUUGUAGGUACUAUAUAUUUUUGAACUACUCAACGCCAGCCAACGUACAAUUAUUUAUUUUAAGCGACAAAUAAAAAUCGUAAAGCGACGGACGACCCAAUUUUCGAAGACAUCGACCCCAUUCGCCUGCACCCAGCUUUCGAGUGCGCAUAUAGGCAUAGGUACAUUAUUAAUUCGAUUCUCAUUAUUCUCGUCAUGGCUAUUACCGUCAUUAGAACGCUAUGAUUCACAUUAUUAUGACUGUCGUCCUACGGCCUCGAGAGCCGUUAGAAAUUCGUUUGUAUGUAAAAAGGCACUGUUAAAAUCACAACACCCGCACCACGUCGUAUAACACUCUAUUAUCGAAUUGUAGGUAAAUCGAGUAUCUGAUCGCGCAGCAGCACGCGUAUUACGAUUUUUUCCCAGGGACACGCCACCUCCCGUUAAUUCUUAUCUCAUCAAGAAAUUUAUUAAUUAAACCAAAGAUAUACACUGGAAACAAUCCCCUGGGAAAACGGGAAACAUUUGAAAAAUGCUUCUGAUCAAAGAUACGAAUUCUUCCCCGAAGGGUUCAUCAGCUUGUGGAAUUUAACUUGUCUCAUUUCUCAGCUGGAGAAUUUUUUCAUACUGAAUUUACAUGUUGUGUUUCCGCUUGAUAUUUUACUUGACUGAAUUUCCCAAAAGUAAUUGAAAUAAUUGAAAAUUGAAGGGAGGGGCGAGUCCCUCUGUACAUAAAUAUCGUGCGAGAUGCACGUUUAGAAGUGAUAUUAUCGAAGGAAAGUGAUGCAGAUUGUCUGCCUAGAAAAUACGCGUGCGGGAGUGAGUUCGAAGAAAAAAAAAUGGAUCACGAACAUGAACAUCAAGCUUAAUACCAAAGGUGCCCUAAGAAAACAUGUAUUUACGUUUUAUCAUCAGCAUCGUCAAGGCGAAGUAUCUUGUUAAGGAGAGUCUAAUGUCCUAGGAGAAAAAGUGGAUGUGUGAGUAAGCGAAAUAGCGAAAUAGCGAAAUAGCGAAAAA